CAAAAAUAUGAUAAAUAUAAAAAUAAACAAUUGAAAAAUAAUGGGAAAUGAAAAUCCAUCUCUAAAAAAGAAUUUAUAAUAGCUCUACUGAAAUCAUAGGAACUCCUAUUAUCUAAGCAUACAAUGGAAGCAUACGAAGUUCUUUCAUCAAAAUCCUUUGGAAGUAUCUGCCGAACUUGCUUAGUGUUUGGUGAUCAUUUUCUUAUUGAAAAAGUAAGCAGCGGUGGUACGAAUUUAAAAAACAUUCUGGAAAGUAUGCUUGAAAAUGACCCCCUUCUACCAAAGCAAAUGUGUAAAAACUGUAUUAAAUUAAUGUAUAAAACUCAUGAUUUUUUGAACAAAUGUAAAAGUUCAGACAAAAUUUUAAAAAAGAUUUUAUUAAGAGAAUCAGGAAAAAAGGAAAUGGUGAAAAAACAAUCAUCAUCUUUUAAAACGCAAUCAGCAAAUCAAAUCAAAACUGAACCUAUAAAUAAUACAUUAACCAGCAGUAUUGAAGAGAAUGAUAUUAAAAAAAAUUCUGAUGUUGAUACAGACUCUGAUAUUGGAGACAUGGCCGAAUUAGAGAGCAAACUGUCAGAAUCUGAUAAAACUCCCCAAACAAAAAAUGAUAGUGACCUUUUAACGGAAAUUAGUACCAUGAAAGAAGAAAUAAGUAACAUAAGAGUGAAAAAUAUAGCCAGACUAAGACAAAUGGCUAAAGCUCAACUAGUGAAUUCAAAUGAGCUCCCAAAAAACAACAAAAGAACAUAUGUUCUUAGAAAAGGUCCUCCUUACACAUGUAUUACCUGCAAUUCUUCCUACAAAACCCAUGAAGAAUUGAAAAAACAUAAACAGGAAACUAAACAUAAAAAAUCACUUAAAUACAAAUGUAAUUAUUGUGAUAGAAAAUAUGAUACUUAUUGUAAGUUUGAGGAGCACGUUAGAACUCAUACAGGGGAAAAACCAAACAAAUGUCCCACCUGUGGAAAAUGUUUUAAUUUUAAAACAGAUCUUAAAAGGCAUAUGGUUAUGCAUAUGGAGGUAAAACCCUAUAUUUGUCAAUUUUGCAAUAAAGGCUUUGCCCGAAGACAGUAUUUGGUGGACCAUGAAAGAAAGCACACUGGUGAGCAAUUAUUAUGUCCAUUUUGUGGCAAAGGUUUUCAUUCCUAUUCAACACUCACCUACCAUGAAAAAACCCAUAAAGGACCUCCAGGGUGCGUCAGAAAUCCUCUUACAAAAGAUAGGUUGUACCAGUGUAAUUUAUGUGAAAAAACUUUACUUACUGAACAGACAUUGAAGGCUCAUCUUUUGCUGCAUGGACCAAGAAAUUUUAGUUGUGAAAUUUGCGGGAAGACCUAUAUCAGUAAGAAUCGGCUGCAGGAUCAUAUCAAAUUGACACAUCAAAACAAUACAUUUUCAUGUCAUCUUUGUAAAAAAGAGUACAAACAGAAAAGUGGUUUAGAAGUGCAUUUGAAGUCACAUUCAGGCGAAAAUAUCUAUCCUUGCGAUGAAUGCGGCAAACAAUUUGCUUGUAAAGGGUCAUUAUACCAACAUAAAAGAGUACAUACAGGAGACACCAAAUACCAAUGCAAAGAAUGUCUCCACAUCUGCAUCAAUCGACGCCAUCUAGAAAACCAUUUGCGAAUUCACACUGGAGAAAAACCAUUUUCAUGUAUAUACUGUGGCAAAUUGUUUGCUCAAAAGGCGAACAUGCAAGCUCAUACGAAAAUUCACACUGGAGAGAGGAACCAUCAUUGUAAAUUAUGUGAAAAAUCAUUUUAUGAUACUAGGGGGCUAAAAAAACAUAUGGCUGUACAUGAGAAACAUAAUCUGCAGAACAAUGGAGGACAGACUUAGAUAAUAGAUUAAUGCGAAUUGAUGAAAUAGUAAAUGAGUAGACGAGGAUGCCCAUGUUUGUAUUCUAGACUGCGUGGAAGAUAUUCGCUGCAGUGCAGACCAGAUUGGUGAAACCAGAUGAUAUUUUCUUAGGCUGCACAAAAACAAGUGAGAUGUUGAUAAUAUGACGAAUGUGAUGCACUGUGAUAAAUAAACGAAAACUUGUCGAGUAUACAAGGAUGUUUGGACCGUUUCCCAAAAUUAACAUGUGAAACAUAGACACCACCUGAAAGUCGUUAAAUUAUAAUUUCUAGCUUUAAUUAACACACACAUUCCAGUUGUCUGUAACACAAUAGAUGAUAAAAAUACCCUUUCUUGUGGCGCUAAGCAAGCUUUUCCUCUACUUCUCACAACUUUAUUAGAGCAGUGCUUAGCGUGUUUGACAAUGCUUGUUUGUCCCUCUCCAAUGUCAGAACUGAACAUGGCCAUCAAUUCUAUGACGGAAUCCUAGAACAAAAAUACUGGUCUUGAGGCAUGACCUGGGACAAGUUUGUCAGCAACUAAAGGCUACUAGAAGUCUCAUAUGAUUAACAGGGAAAUCACCAAGAUGAUAGUACAUUCCAGAAUACAUAGUUGGGAAGCAAUAGCCCUCCGAAUAUAAAGUCAUAAGCCUAGUUGUUAUUGACCAUUGGAGGCAAGACGAUGACCGUUCCACUUAAUUUUAGGUUCUAUGAAAAUUUUCAUAGUUUUGUAAAUAUUUUGAAGUAUGGUCGGAUAUAGGAUUAUAACCAACACUUCCUAUAAGUUUUAUAAGAUGUAUCAAACGGAGUGUUCGAAAAGUUAGGAGACGGUCAAUUAUAUUGACGCGGUUGUCACACUGUCAGACAUACCAAUUUGUCUGUAGACAAUCUUUUUUGCAAAAUAAAAUAAAAUGAAAGUAUAUAUUUCUCAAUCGAUUGCUUCUGUCCUAUUUAGUAAAAACCCGAAAUGACAGUCGACUGAAAUUAUUAGCCUAGGAGAUGUUGCAAACCAGCGUUGGAAAAUAAGUAAAUUGCUUGUUCACACCAAAACAUUACUGACUUUGUGAAGAAAAUUGGUGAUGGGUGGAACUACAGAAUAUACAGGGUGUUAUAAAUUCGAGUGUGUUCAUGGGGAUCUCAGAAACCAUAAGAGAUACGAGAUCGAUUGAAGUGAGGCAAAGUUGCGCAAUUAUAUGCUUAACAAAAUACCGUUUUGAAAAUUAAAAAAAUCCGAAUAGUUCCGGAAAUAUUCGGUAUGAACUGCAUUUUUGCAAAAGCCUUUUUUAAUUUUUUUCUGAGCUUACUCGAAGAUAUAUCCUCAAAUAAAUGUCAUUUCAUCGUUGUCACUUUCUCUCCUCUACAAGAUGCUACCAUCAAAUUUAAAAUCUGACCUUUCGUUUGUGAGCCACCAUCAUUUAAACGUUAUUACAGAGACUUAUGAUAUUGACCAACGUUCAGAGACAGCAAGAGCACUACCAAAAAUUUCUAUUUUGAAAAAAUAUCCUGCAGACUGGCCCUUCAAGUAUUAUUUUUUGGUAAAGAAGCAGAAAUAAAUUCUGCGGUAUGAAUUUAUUUCAACAGCAAACGAUCAGACAAGUAUGCAAGAAAUCCAUUGAUUAGCGUCAUAAGUGACCGAAAUCCAGAAGUUCUAUGAAUUCUUAAGACAGGCAAAGAAAUUUUCGAAUCACUUGGUGAAGUACCUAUUCGGAAAAACUAGAAAAGCUUCUUCAAAAAUGGAUCCAACCACAAAAAAAAAUUGAAUAUAAGGAAACGGAAAGCUGUUUCGAUGGUAUGAUUAUGAUUCAAUCAAUAAACAAUAUAUUCUGUGGUGGAACCUCAGCUUACAUGGAACUCUCAGUUCGAAAACAUUAUCAGCGGUAUUGCCAAACGGAUCAGUUUUUCAUCAACACUUAUUUUCUUAUUUUAAACGAAACGCCACGAACGAAACGAUUUAAGCUGCAAUCCUAGUUUUUCCUCGACAAGUAAAAACCCAGAAUGACAGGCAACCAAAUUUAUUUGUCUUGGAGAUGUGGCCGGUUUGCUAGCAGCUAGAUGUCUUGUCAAACUAGCACCUAAAUAAUAUAUGUAUGUUCUUAAUUUAUUUUGACGUUCAGAAAUUGACACACGUCUUUUUUGUGAGUUUUUAGUGUUCAAAAAUUGGUAUUGUUUGACAACAAGAUUCAUACGUACAGUACAGACAAAUUGGUAAGUUUAAGUCUGGAAACAGAGUGUGCAUGUGCUUGGAAGCGUGAAUCUCACAAGUUUUACUCAAAUUAUUGUUUACCACUACCAACUGACUAACUGAGAAAUAGACCUUCAUCUAGUAAAUAAAUAUACCUACUUCCAUAAACGUAUUCACUUGAUAGAGGUCAGAAGUAUUUGUGACGUGUAAGUCAAAUUAACAAAAUUGUACAUGUACAGGGGCGGAAAUCCUCGGACCCGCGCGGGACCCAAUUGCAAGGGCGACGCGCGGUUCCAGCAAUAAAUUCUGACUUUUUCCGCGACCGGCGCAUUGGGAAAUCUCCAGGUGUCCCGCGGUGGGCCCAUCCAUCCCUAAAGUUGUAGGUACUCAGUGUUAUUAUUGUUUAGAAUAGGAUUUAUUUAUAAAUAUUUUGUUUCAAAGAUGUAUAUUCCUAUAAUUUUGUAUUUUUAAUAAAGAAAUUGUAAAAUUUAA